GGAUCAAACUCGUCUGGCAGGUUUGGGGUUGUUGCUUGCUCCCCCCCUCCGCCUUUCAGCUGCAGACAGAGAUGAUCAGCUGAAGAGGGAGCAGUGGCCAUGCCUCCCUUCCUUCAUGCCCUCUGCUUUGCAAGCAGGGCUUGGGAGCACUGACGGACAGCAAGAAAAGAGGCUGCUCCCCUUGCUGGUCCAAGGGAAGAAGAGAGAGUCACUGGGGAGGAUCAAUCCCCUCCCAUAGCGCUGGAUGCUACCAUCCACCUCUCUACUGCCAUAAUUUCUGGGGCUGAGACCCAUCUCUGAGCCAAUGCAGGACGCAGCACUUUCAAGAGGCACCCGUGGCUUUGGGAUGCCAUGUCCGCUGCUCCUGCUUCUGGCCUUUGCUGUCAUUCUCCUGGAUCCUGUCCACUCUCAGCAAUGCUCCUUGGGAAGCCCUUCGCCCAUCCUUCAGUUUGCUGAUGUGGGUGCUGAGCAGCGGAUUCCUGCCCACCAUCGAGUCCCUGGAUCUAUGGAUCACCUCUACGCCCUUGUCCACGGCUACCUUGAAGUUGUUCAGCAGAACCCUUUCCCGACAGAGUUGCUGAGGGAUGCCCUAAAUGACCCACCGUCUGCUAAUACUUCACAGAUCCUCCAGUAUCAAACAGGAUACAUCAUCUGUGCCACAAUUGCUGUCAUCUAUUUUGUGGCGGUGCCCAUGACCGGGUUGUGCCUCUGCUGCUGCCGGAAGCACAGGCGCUGUGGCGGGCGGAUCAAGGCAUACCGCCGCUCCCUUCUCUGCCAGCGCAACCUCCUCAUGUUCUGCCUGCUCCUGACCACGCUUGUCAUCCUAGGUGGUGUUAUCUGUGCUUUUGCUGCCAAUCAGAAGGUGAAAGAAGAGUUGGACCCUGGAACCCGGGAUGCACUAAACACCCUGCAGGUUUUGAGGCACCACAUGAACUGGGUCCCCCGAGGAGUUCAGCUGACCGUAGAGCAGUUUACAGUCCCGAAACAGCAAAUCCUCAGUGACCUGAACAAUGUCAGCUGGACCAUUGGCACCACCAUCCACCUCCUGCUCAAGGGGAAUGUCUAUUCUGCCAUGGAUGCUUUGAAGGCCAGAGUGCAAGACCUACAGAACUCACUGCACCAUUUGCAGACUCUCAACAAGACUGUGCAGGCCCUGAUCCAGCAACAAGAUGAGCUGGAAGCAGCCCUGAAAGACAGGAAGCAAAGCCUCACUUCCCUCCUGGAGGAUCCGGGCUGCAUCUAUUGCGCCGGCGCCCUGAGCCAAGCUCAGAGUUUGGAGCCGGGCGCCAACUACCACAAAGUACCUUCAGUAGAAAAGGUUUUGAAGACCUUGCAUGGGCUUCCCAAGGCUAAUUUCUCUGAAAUGAUUCGCCGGGCCAAUAGCAGCUUCAACUCUAUCCCGGGACUAGCUCAGGUGAAGAUGGCGGACGUUGUUCAAGAACUCAAGGAAGAAAUAGAGAAGGCUGCCCAAAAGUUGCAGUCCAUCCCAGACGACUUUCCGAUCUCAGAUCACACCCGUCCCAUGAAUGAUGCUCUGGUGAAGGCUGAGAACAAGAGCCGGCCCUAUUUUUUGGAGGCAAAACGUUACGAGACAUACAGGUGGCUUGCAGGUAUCGUUGCCUGCACUGUCAUCUUGCUGAUCGUCUUCUGCAACUUCCUGGGGCUUUCCUUUGGCACAUAUGGGCUGGUCUUGCGAGAGGAUCCCAGUGACUAUGAGAGGAGGGGAGAAGCUGGAGCCAGAUUACUCUUAAUCGGUGUCGUCUUCAGCUUCCUCUUCUCCUGGCUACUGAUUCUCUUGGUCUUCGGCACCUUCCUGCUUGGGGGAAACGUCCAGACCUUGGUGUGCAAGCACUGGGCCAAUCAGGAGAUCUACAAGUUCAUUGACAUUCCUGGCAACUUGCCUCCUUCCAUGAAUAUCACUGAGCACCUUGGCCUGAAGAAGAGCCUCAAGAUCACUUCUGCUUAUCAGCAAUGUAAGAAUGGGGCUGGUCUCUGGGAAGUUCUGCAGCUGGAGGACAAUUACACCCUUGACAAAUAUCUCCAAGUUUCCAAGUACACUGCAGAGUUUCAGAAGCGCUUGGACAAUUUCAAUAUCCGCUUUGAAGACAUCGUCCUGUUAAAUGCAGAAGGGAAGAAGGACCUGGAGACUUUCCGAGACAGCAGGAUUGACCGGGUAGACUAUGCAAACUUCAGAGCAGAGAUGCACAACCCUGUAGUGAGGACAAACAUUCAAGAUUUGGCAGUGGAACUUGAGAGACUUAGCAAGGUUCAGAACGACAGAGCCCUGUUAGAACGACUCACUGAGGAAGCUCGGAAGCUCAAGGAUAUUCAGAAUACGAAGGUCCUCACAAUGGAGGACCUUGUGGCAAAGCUGAAAGAAAGUGUCGAUUACUUAUCAACGCUGGGACCUGGCUUCCAGGCUCAGAUAAACAAUACCGAGUCUCAGAUUGGCCUUAUUGAGAAGAUGUUCCCCAUACAGACUCGGAAAAUCCUAAGGCAGGAGCUGGAUUGCUUUGUAAGAAAAGAGGUGGGGUACGUCUCACAGUACCUGAAAUGGCUGAGGAGCGUGUUAACUGAGGAUGUUGCAUCAUGCAAACCCUUCUCCACUGCUCUAGACAAUGGCCGGGUGAUCUUGUGUGAUCGUAUUGCAGAUCCCUGGAAUGCCUUCUGGUUCAGCCUGGGCUCUUGCGCCUUCUUCCUCCUCCCCAGCAUCUUCUUCGCCAUCAAGACCACCAAGCACUUUCGUCCCAUCCGGCACCGAUUAGUCUCCACUGGAUCAGAGGAAACUUACCCCUUCCAUAUCCCACGCGUCACGUCUCUGCGACUGUAAGCAACUCCAUGUGUUCGGAUAUCCAGGAAUCACCAUGGGAAAAUGGCUGGAUCCUUCCAAGGGUGGCCCUCUGCGCUGCAUGGGGUUGAUCCUGAGCUCUUCAUGAAGUGACUUCUCUUGGACUGAAAACUUUUUAACCCAUCGCUGUUACUCAUCUCAUCACAAAUUGGCUUUCCUCCCAAGUAUCCCUUGCUGGGCCUCCUCACUCAAAGAGAGCGAGGCAAUUUGUAGAUGAUGGCCAGGUGGUUGAUGUCCUCUUAAGCCUUUCUCUUUCUCUUGCAACCUGGUAUGAGGCCUGUUUCACCACUUGGCAGGUUACUUUUUAAGAAUAACAUAGAUGAGGCUGAGUAGGGAUGGAGGCUUCUGUAGAUUUCAGUUCUCACAAUUUCUCGUUUUUCAAAUCUUAAAUUCACUUCUCCACAUUUCUGCAGCACAUUUCUGCAUUUUUUAAAAAACCCACAUCAUUAUAAUUCAUCAGCAUGUUAGUUGAUGUUCCCCUGAUAAACAUAAUAUUAUAUGCAGUGUGCUAUUUCCCUUAAUAUAUGCUUUUUUGUAAGCACUCUUUCUAGGAGAACUGCAUCACAAAAUUUCAAAUUCAUGAGACUUUUGAGGCACAGCUGUGUUUCAGUUUGUAUAUUAGAUUCAGCUUUGAAUACAUCCUGAAUCAGUUUCCUUCUCCACUUCUAGGGUAGGAGGAAUCCCCCACCUAGCAAGCGGCAAGAACGGUGGUUGUGCUGGCCUGGUGUGUCUGCGGGAGUUGAGGUUGCCAAAAUAAUUCCGCACUGUCAAAAGUAUCCACCUCCUCCCCUGAUCAAAAUCUCAGAUUUCAACUUAAGAAUCUUUAUUUAUAUAAGAAAUGGUGAAAUGUGGGAUGAAGCAGAAAACAGAUAGGCAGCGUUAAGAGAGAGAGAGAGAGAGAGAGAGAGAGAGAGAGAGAGAGAGAGAGAGAGACAAAACAAUUUAUUCCCUAACCUAGCUUAGAAUACAUAGCAGCUUCCAGGGUCUGAAGCUGAGACCUUCUACAUGCAAGGCAGGUGCUCAACCAGCAGCCACUGAGCUGUUCCUCCCCUGUGUUCUCCCUCUGUGAAGCUGCCUGCCAUGUAUGCACAAAGGGGUAAUGCAGUGCUUAUUUUUAGCAAAAUUCUCUCUGCAUGCCACACCAGCAAGAAGCAAUUGAGGCACUGCUUCCCCCUGGUGCUAUGCAUGUAGGAGUGUUGCUAAAAAUAGACAUGUUAUUCUGUCCUUUGGAUGUGCAUGCCUCUGCAUGUGCCACGCAGAAAGAAAAUGGCCCGCUCCCACGUAUGCACGAAGCUCCUGCCAUCCGAGCCCUUUGGGGACAGCAAUCUGCCAGUCUUGUGUAUAAUAAUGGCUGCAAUUUGCCCCAGUCAGUUUGGGAACGUUGGCCUAUUAAUAAAUAAGGCACUUUUGAAAGAUGUGGCUAUCAAAA